UCUCAACCCCCGCGAGGUCAAAAAUAAUCACGACGAACAAGACUUGUUCAAGAUGAUGCAAGCUCGCAUGCUGGCGAAGGAGGAUGAGGCGUCGGUGGAAGACGUCGAAGUCCGCCGCGAAGACCAGGAGAAGAUCAACCGGUUCAGUCGGCUUCACCAGCACUCGGCGACGCUGGAGGAGAAGCUGAAACAGAAGCAGAAGGACAAGGAAGACUUGCAGGAGAUCGUGAGCGACCUCGAGGAGCUGGAGCUGCUGGACGAGGACGCCAAAGUGCCAUACAAGAUCGGCGACUCAUUCUUCACGCUGCCGCUGUCUGAGGUGCAGGAGCUCGUCGCGGGCGACGUGGCCCGCAUCGACGAGGAUGUGGCGAAGCUGGAGGAGAAGCUCGGCGCGUGCCAGGACGAGAUGAGCGAGCUCAAGGUAGCGCUGUACGGGCGGUUCGGCAGGAGUAUCAACCUCGAGACGUGAGCCAGUCCUGCGUCCUUGGCCAUGGUGCGCGCGGUCUUGACCCAAGGCAUCCUGCUCAGCCUCCAAGGUUCUGACGAUACGCCAUGUCUGGGUGCCGAGUUGUGUCUGCAUAGGGGAGAAACGCGAAGACGAUAAGAAAAGUUGCAGGGGAAGAGCAUCUCGACGUCCCCUGGAAAACCUCAACGUUUGCACUCGAUGAUCGUCACGAUGUCAUUGUUGAAAAAGGGGGAGGGAGCGUUAUCUCAGCGCUUGCUAGACGUGUGUCAUUGGGGAGGCUGCUCGCAACAGAGCGCAUCUCUCCUCGAGCUUGCGCCGUCACGACCAGUCCUACAACCCCCAAGCAAAGAGCAGCGUUUGUGUCCGCCGCACACGAUCUUCCCAGCAAUAGCAAAAGCGAGUGAACUUCAGACGAACGCGCCCUUCUUUUUCCCCAUUUCCUUGUUU